GGCAGUGCCCGAGAGACGAGAGAAAGAGAGAGUUCCUCUCGGCUAGAUUUUACCUCAGUCGGCUUUGGGGGCUCUCUCCAUGAAGGAACCUUGACCUUGCAUCAAAUCAUUUUUUUUCUCGUACCCCUGCACUGCCCCUUCGUCUUUCAUGCCCGGGAUGAAAAAUUAGGCGGGACGGGAGAUAGAGUUUGAAAAAAAAAUAUUGAGCAACGAUCGGUGAGAGAACUCGUUAAAAGUAUCCACUUCCAGCGACAGUGCCGGUCGGAGGAUUGUGCUUUUUUGAAAAAACAAACGAACGGAAAGAAAGAAAACUGGAACGAGUGGCGAAGACAAUCGGUUUUUUUAACGAAAUUGUCAAUCCUAUUGCGAAAUAACAAAAAUAAAUUAGACCUUGAAUUGGACCGGUUUUUUUUGCUUCAACAGCCAAUUCAAUGAAAUUCAUAUUGUUGUUUUAUCUCGAGCAAUACGUAAGCAAAUAAAUUACUCCGGGUCACAGCUUGGAGAGGCUACUCUCGACCUCUCGGUUAAAAACUCUCGAAAGAAAACUCGGUUUCGCGAAACAAGUGGAGCAAGUGAAACAGAGGACUCCGCCAAGAGGGGAAAAGGUGCUUCGGAAUAUACAAGUAUAUCAGCUCGAAAGAAUAAAAAACAAUGAGAGUUUUGUGGUCCCUCGUGACUGUGGCCGCGUGUCUCUAUCACAAUUACGGAUGUACACGAGCUGCACCCACAGGAACCACUGACGAAAUUUUACUCGGCCAAAUCGAUAUAGACGUUCAAGAGGACGACCAAUCCAAUGAAAUAACUGCGGAACCUUUCGAGAAAAAAUGCAUCGCUGAUGGCAAAUCCUAUUCUCACGCUGAAGUGGUUUAUUACGACGCUAAUUCGCGGUGCAUAUGCGUCGCCGGGAAUGUCUAUUGUUUUUGGCACGGUUUACCACCUCCCACCACCGAUUCAUCGUUCAAUGAUGGAAAAAUCCACAGCGAGGAGGAAAGUGGGGAAUCACGUUCGAGCCAAUCGACCGAAUCAGCUUGCCAGGACUCACCGAGUUUGUCGAACGACACGAGCGACGAGAACUCACCACUUCCGUCCCAGACCACGAAUCAGGACGAUUUGACGGAUACGUUCAAUAAUAAUGAGAGAGAAAAAUCGGAGGAGGACGUAGAGGAGGAGGAGGAUGACGAUUCGAGCAACGAGGACGAUGACGACGACGCGUCCUCGGAGGAGAGCACCGAGGAAAGUGUCCCGACGAGCCCGAGAACGAAUCCACCGAUAACUCCGAUCACUUGUGUCGUCCUGGAUAGGACAUAUCGCGUGGGGGAGGUACUACCGCACAACACCGGAAACUGCAUCGAGUGCAGCUGCGGUCCCGAAGGUCACGUGGUCUGUGCGCCACGCGAUUGCGUCUCGAUCGUGCCGCACCGUGACUACAGGGAGGAAAACUUCCAGAUACCGAUAGCUGGUGAUUUGCGGGGUAUCGACGAAAAUUUCUAGACGCGGGCCGACGAAAUUCAAUCGACCUGCCUCCCGGUUCAGCCCCAUGUCCCUACGGUGUCGUUUUCUCUCUCGGGAAAUCGAGCUAACGAGAGAAUCCCACGAACGCUGUUCCCAACGUCGUUUACAUAAUAUAAUGAUAAAACGUAACUACGAUAUCGACCGACGCGGCGAGAGACACGAACAGAAUUACAGGAGCACACACGCGCGCGCGAGCGCAUCGCCGCGUAUUUUUUUCGGAAGUAAGAAAACAGAGUGGAGGGAAAAGGAACGGCGUUUACGAUACGUGGGAACAGUUACCGAAUUCACGAAACGAACAUCGAGUUAUCAGACACACGCGAACCCGCGUCUUUUUCAUCUCUCUUCAAUAACGCGUGCCUUCGUUCUUAUUUUAUUUUCGAUACUAUCUUCGUGGCUGAUCUCAUCCACUCUUUUCUAGCUAUAUUCGCCCUUCCUUUUUAUUCAGUUUAUUUAUUUACCUAUCACGAUUGUAAGAGAGACACGAAAUUGGAAAAAAGAUAACGCUUCGUUCAAAAGCUCAUCGGGAACUUCGCCGAUACGGAAAAACAGAGUUUUCAACAAUUUUCCCAUCAAAAUCCAAUCAAUCUGAGAAUAUCGAUUUCAGUUGUCGCUUCUUUGCAGAGAAAAAGCAACGGGACAUUCGGUUUUCGUGGGAAUGCUAUUCGAACAGUAAUGAAAUUUCAUUUUCGAAGCCACGUUGUGAAGAAAAGAUUGAUGAAUUCAGCCACAUCUGCGCAUAGAAUUUUUCCUAUAAUUUCAUUGAUUUAUCAAAGUUUUUCGUGUCCGUGUGAAAGAAAAAAACGAUAAAACGGACAGAUGAGUUUAUUAGUCUAGAUUUUUCUAUGAUAUUCGUCAUUUGAAAAUGCGAGAGGUUUAACCUUGGACAACUGAACAAAUGAAGGAAAAACAAAAUUAAUCCUGUAGCUCUGUAACGAAUUUAGAAUUGUAUACUUGAAAUAAUUUACACGACCAAACUCGAGGCGCGUAGAGGAAAAUUGAUGAAGGACAUGUCUCAAGGAUCGUUGUUGUUGGAUGAGAUUCUUUUCCCAAUUUUAACCACGCGGCCUCAAAAAUUCUUAUUACAGCGGUUUAUUCGUUGAAAAAAAAUAAAUAACAAAGUUUGAGGGCCACGUAUAUAUAAUGAUAUAAAUUAUACAGUAAAGUGUAUUCUACGUAGACAUUUCAUAUCAUGAAAAUAAUUGUAUCGUUGCUGAGAAUGAUGACAAAAACUCGGGUGCUCUAUACAAAAGACGAUAUUUUUGUAUUGAGAGGAUUAUUUCUUCCCUUUGAAAGAAUAAUUUUCUUCGUUUUUUAUUUUUCAAUAAAGCAAAAUAAAUUAAAGAAUGAUUAUCCUCAGUCUGCAAAAUUAUCGAAAACAUUAUUUCGCUUUUUUCGAGUGGAAACUGUUCGAGCGAUUUAAAAAAUAUUUUUCCACUCAGGAGGCGCUUUUCAAGUACGACGAAACAAAAUCUUCACAAGAUAAAAUAAAUUUUCAUAAUUUUUCGUUAAAAAGUUGUUGAUUUAACGAUUCGAUUGAAAAAUCACUAAUUAACAAACAUUUCAGAGCAAUUGAACCAAGCUGAAGAAAUUUAAAGAAACUGUGAAGAAAAAAAAAACGCUUUUCGCCAUUUUAACGAAUUUUUCGUACGGAAUUUUAUAGAAAACAUCCUCUUAAACAACAAUCAAUCGUUUUCGUAUAGUAACCCAUAAUCAUAUCACGGGGAGAAUAAAAGCGGCAAAUUAUCACAUAAGAGUUAAAUGGAACGCGUAAAAAAACGUAGUUUAUCGACCUUAAUAUGGAAAUGUGUAAUUACAACUCUUGAAUAGUCCUAAAAUGAUGAGCGAUUCGGUGCCAUGCACAGUACGUACGAUAUACCUUAAAAAAUCAUUACAAUUAGAUAUAUACACGUAAAUAUAUAUAUAUACACACCUUUAGACGAUUAACGAAAUAUACACCCGCAUAUAAAUGAUAUAUCAAAAUGAAUACGAGGAACCAAAAGUAUCAAUGAAUAUGAAAUAAAGAGUGUGGCGAAUGUACCUCUAUUAUUUAUAUAACUGUACACUCGUGCGUUAUAUGUAUGUAUGUAAUUAGAAAUAAAAGUAGAAAAAGUCGACUAAAA